UCACAUCGUUGUGUGUGCCACGGUGGCAGGCAGAGGCAGACACUAAUGCUGAUGCUGAGUGUUGCCUAAGACCGACCAUACGUGACCUUUAAUUGGCCACAUCCUGCUCGAGGUGCUACUGCUUUCGACUGAAUAUGGCGGAUCUAGAGAGGACAACUCGAUAAAACCCGCAAGGCCCUGGUGUCAAUCGCAACCGUGCCAAUGGGCCCGCAUGGCAGCUGCGUGAAUUUUGCUGUCUUCGAACGGUGACCUCCGGAUACCUGGCGACCUCCGGUUGCAAAUUUACAAAUCGCCUUGCCGUGAUACUGGGGGCUAUGUCACGGGCGACCUACCCGACCCCUGCACUCGUGGGAAUCAAAACUAGAAUGAACAAAAACCGAAAACAACCAAAACCAAAACAACAACAAUAUAAUAAUGACCAGCCAGUGGAACGAAUUCGUCUCUGCGGUGCGGCCAAGAAGCGUUUCCAUCAUUUCGUGCGUACCGGGAUGAAUCCAGAUGAGGCUAGACUGCGGGCUUUACAACCAAUGAAGUUUGACAAGAAAUCUAAACAACAGGGUAAGCAGCCGAUUCGCAGGCCACCUCAGCAACAGGAUAACUACGAUGAGUCACCAGGCAACUGGCAAGAAUCAAUUCAGCCGCUCAUGUCCAUCUCGUUGCCGACGCCUCCUUCAUCAGCGCCAAGCGAUCGAUUGCCAGUGCAAGCGCGUCUUGGAGCACCAGUAUUACGAGGACCUGCUGCAAGGCCUGUUGUGCAGCAACCGGUACAAGAGGAGCCACAAUGCCUCAAUUUGGCCAUACUGCCGGGCGAUUAUCCCAGCGAACUGUGGAGUGUGCCGCAGCUGGAGGCGGUGCAGCAAAGUAUUAUCGAUCUCAUACAGCGGCAGGAUGCGGACACCGUGAAACCACAAUUCUCUGGCUGCCAUUUUCGCCAAGGUUGGCUGUCGGUCAGCUGCCACGACAUCGACACCGUCAACUGGCUGCGUGCCAUGGACACGCGACUGCGUCCCUGGGAAGGCGCCUCGUUGCAGGUAAUACCCGAGACUGAAGUGCCCUUCAAGCGCGUCUUUGCGGGCAUCUUUCCAGCACUGGCGACGAGUUCGGUGAAGUAUUCGCUGCGUCUGAUUGAUGAGCAGAAUGAGGGACUUGCUGUCGACGAUUGGCACAUGCUUUAUCGUGCACAGUCGGGACCUCUCAUGAAACUUAUUAUAUCGAUCGAUUCGCAGUCUGCCGAGAUGCUCAGGCAACGUGGCUACUACCUCAACUACGGAUUUAGCAGUGUUCGAUUUCAACCAAUGGAAAUGUCUAAAUAAAGUAUUAUUGAAAGUAAA